UCGCAACUAGGCUCUGCUCACCUUGUUUCGUUUCGCCCUGCCGGACCACCAACAAAAAUUUUGGCCUUGUCCUGUCGACCAUUCUUCCUCGCCCCUUCGCCCUUCGCCCUCCUCUUCGGCUUUCUACAUUUCCUCCUCCAGAAGCCAGACGAACGACCCGAGGGAGCUCACCCACCAUAUCGCUUCUUGGGUGGCCAAGACUCUGGGGUGUUGCCGGGCUUCUCAAGCCAAACAAGGACUGCGAAGCCGAUUGUGAAGUUUUGGAGAGGAGACCGUUCAGCCGUUCUCCUCUCGUGCUCUGCGUUUGCUCAGAAGGACACUCACGAGGGCAAUGAUCCCCUUCUCAGGACACAACAUGUGCGUGCAAGCAUUGAUGCUCGGACUGGCAUUGCUCCUUGUGUUCAACAGCAUGGUCCUCGCGACUGGAGACGCAAAGAGGAGGAACAACGCCACCAUCUACACGGACAAGGACGGGCAGAUGGUGCUGGAGGACAGCAGCACACGAGUUGUUCUGAAGGACUUGUUUCUGGACGUGCAGAUGCUCGGUGCCCUGAACGCCAGCGUGACUGCGCUCCAGCGCGAAAACGCAGACCUGCGAGCAGAAACUUCACAGCUUCGAGAAGCAAAUGAUCAGCUCCAAGAUCGACUGACGAUCGUGGAGGAAACACAGACUGCAUCCGCUGCUUUCACUCGCGUCCAAGCCAUCACCGACCCAGGAACAUACAGGGUGACACUUGCUAUCAGCAGCAACAGCGACCUUCCGACUUCAGCGCCGGUGUAUAUCGAGGUUGGUGGUGCUGGCGGUGGCGGUGGCGGCGGCAGUGGCUGUGUCUCCAAUGGCCAGGACGGUGGCAUGACCAGCCUGACACCAUCGUCAACGUGGUUGUCCGCGACUGGAGGAGGUGGCGGCAACAGCGCGUAUUCCAUCACGAAAGCUGGAGGAGCCCUGCACGGAAAAGGAACUGUUGGACCCAUUCGCCUCGUCGGCAGCGGUGGCGAUGGUGGCGGUGGUGCAGUCAGAGAUAGCUUCAAGGCGGUGGAGGGAGGGAACGGUGGGUACGCCGCAGGCGUGUUCCAAGUUGACGCAUCGACGCCUAUCACUGCCGAAGCUAUCGUUGGAACAGGCGGGGCCGGUGCGUCAGGUGGAUCUGAAUGUCCCUUGACUCCUGGCCGCGAUGGGUCUGACGGCUUCAUCAUCUUCCAUUAUCCAGAGGGCAUGGACAUCACAAUCACCGAGACCUUUUGAAGUGCUCACUGCUCGACCUGGAUGUUGCAUGCAUGUGCUGUGUGCUUCCCUGGUCUCCCUUUCAGGCUUGUUUGCCUUGGUGUUGUUUUCUUGCUUUACCAAUACCCACGGGUCAGCUGUCCACCACAGCACUACUCCCACGUAAUGUCCUGAAGGCUACAAGCUGUUGUCCCUUUUCUCUCUUUCUCGCCGUCGCCGUCGUUUGUUCUGUCGACUUGCUCGGUUGCCUAGUGUCCUCCAUUUCUUACUGCUCUCACGACCCUUAGGUUCUCUUUGCGCCACCCCGCUUGCUCCUUUGCUCCACCGCCGACAGUUGCUGCCUUUGCCAUUUGACACCUGCCGUCUUGUGUCCAUCUCAUCAGUCUUUUCUUAUGUCGUUGGCAUCCUUCUCUCUUCUCAUGCCGUCCUCAACCAAUACAUGACAUCAUUC